AUGUACACUCCUGUCGACGUCGAGAGCGGUACCGAUGCUAUCUCACUUUCCGGCCGCCGCAGUCCAACAAUUGCUUACCCACGGAACAUUAUGGACGAUGUGGCUAGCACUGAGAAGCAGAGCAUUGACAACAUACCUAAGACGGACGUUCCGCUAGAAAGAACAUAUUCCCUGCUUCGAAAGGUCGUAUAUCUUGCGGCCUACUUCUCCUUGAAUCUGGCUUUGACGAUAUCGAACAAGGCCUUAUUAGGCAACGCAAAAUAUCCAUGGCUGCUCACGACAAUGCAUGCAUCUUCGACCUCGUUUGGCUGUUUCGUGCUCCUCGGCUGUGGGCACAUGAAGGCGAAAUUUCUUAGUACACAGGAAAGCCUAACAUUGGUCGCAUUCUCCGGCCUGUUCGCGCUGAAUAUAGCGAUGUCCAACGUCUCCCUUGCUGCAGUGUCAAUACCACUCCACCAAAUUAUGCGGUCGACCUGCCCGGUAGUGACGAUCGCGAUCUACUGGCUAGUCUAUAAACGAAGCUAUUCGAGGGAGACCUAUCUGUCUAUGGUACCCUUAAUUCUGGGUGUCAGUAUUGCAACCGCAGGAGAUUACUACUGUACCCUCAGCGGCUUCUUGCUUACCGCGACUGGUGUCCUCCUCGCUGCGAUGAAGACAAUUGCUACAAACCGGUUGGUAGGCAACUUCUCGCCAAUGGAGGUCCUUCUCUACAUGUCUCCACUUGCAGCGGCGCAGUGUGUGGCUUACGCAUUUGUGACUGGCGAGGUUCACGAGGUCAGAUUGGAAUUGGCCGCAAACACUUUUCGCACGUUGGAUUGGACAUUCUUUCUAGGUCUGCUGGUAAAUGCUUGUAUGGCAUUUGCGUUGAACAUCAUCUCGUUCCAGACGAACAAGGUGGCUGGAGCAUUGACAAUUUCAGUGUGUGGCAACGUCAAGCAAGCCUUGACAAUCAUGCUCGGAGUGAUACUGUUUAGUGUGCCGAUGGGACCUCUCAACGCCAUGGGCAUGCUCAUAACGGUGGCUGGUGCUGCAUGGUUUAGCAAGGUGGAACUGGACAACAGGAAGACUCGAAGCUAA